AUGAAAAUGAUAAUAAAAAACAGAUAUAGUGGAGCUACAGGAAGUAUGUUAGUUAUAUGUAAGAUGGGCUAAUUAAGAUUAUAUGAUGGUCCAAUAAAACUGUAUAAGGAAUAUUGGAAAUUUAUGUUUUGGUUUGGAAUUUAUUAUAAUGUAUUUCCAAUAUUUCUAACAUUCAAAAAUGAGAGAGAAGUAAGAUAAUAAAUGAAAUUAGAUGAUAAUAGUUUUAGGAAGAUCGGUAAUAAUAGAUAGGGAUGAUGAUAAUUGUUGUUUGAAAUAGUUAAUUAGUAGAUAAUUUGGAUCAUUAUUUCUUAUUGCUAUAUUUAGAUUGGCUUUUAUUGGCAUUUUAUUAAGAUUUGAAUGGCUAUUAAAUUUCUUUGAAUAUUUGAUGAUAUAGGUAUAGUCAUUCUAAAUGUUUUAGUAUAUUUAGUGAUGAGAAUAAAAGAAUAUUAAAAGUCUGUCACACUGAAAUAACGUUCAAACUAGAUAUAAUAAUAUUUGGUGGAAAGGAAGCAAGAGGUUGUGCAGUGAUAUUCAUGUAUUGAAUUUAGAAAGGUUUUAUUAAUACAUCCUUUAUAAUAUUAGUUGGGCCUCUUAAAUUAAAACAAGCAAAUAAAUUCUUGAUGUAAGAAUGAGGCACAGUGCACAAAAUUAUAAAGAUAAGAUUAUUAGGGGAAUAGUUAGACUGAAUUAGACGAUGUUACACUAAUCUCUUAAAUUAUUAGAGAAAAAAACAAUCUAUAAAUAAUGAAUUUUUUUAUUGUCUUGUAUAGGUAAGAAUUAAAAUAAAUGAAUACUCCUCUAAAACAUUUUUUUGGAUAUUAUUUAUGUAUAUAUUUCGAGGAAGAGAUGAAAAAAUGUGGUUAAUUGAUAUUUACAAACUUAAGUGUUAUUGGGCAAAAGGUUGAAACUACGAGUAGAAACUUUAAGAAAACUUACAACAUAGUUCAGAGUACAAAGUUUAUAUUUUGGAUGGUGAACCUGAUCAUCGAUCUCAUUCAUUAAAUAAUUUAUAUGAUUGUAUAUUGA